CUUGGCGUGUCGGUCGUGGAGCUGUGAAUUCGACGUUAGCGGUACUGUUUUGUGCUCAAAUCUUUGUUCUUCUUAACCGCCAGGUAGAAUCUCAUUAGCAACGUAGGUAAAGUGGAAAAAUGGACUGGAGCGUGGCAAGCAUCAGCCUAAUGAUUUUGUAUUCGGCUUCAAGUGCAAGCGGUGUCGAGGCUGCUGUCGUUGCUCCACCUGGCUUAGCCCAAGCCGAAGAACGCAUGAAGGAGCUCGUGGACCUCUUCUCCGACAUCAGAUGCAGUAUGCGGCCCCGCCAUUGCGCCGACCAUUUCCAGGCCGGUCAGACGGCGAGUGGCCUGUACAAAAUAUUUCUUGGCAAAGACGACGUCACAGGAAAAGUUGUCUACUGCGACAUGGACACAGACGGAGGAGGCUGGACGGUCAUUCAGAGGCGAGGGCAGUUUGGCAACAGCGUUUACUACUUCUACCGCAACUGGACGGAGUAUGCCACCGGCUUCGGGGACCCUGCCAAAGAAUACUGGCUCGGCAACAGAGCGCUACAUACUUUGACGUUGACUGCAGAAAGCAUGGAGCUGAAGGUUGUUUUGACGAAUCACACCAGUGAAAACAUCUCUGUCCUCUACGAAAGCUUCAAGGUCGGCUCGGAGAAAGCACACUUCAAGUUGUUGAUGGGAAGCUACUUGGGUCCUCGUGGCUGGGACUCGCUCUACAAUUGCAACCACAGCAAAUUUUCCACUUUCGACCAAGACCACGACAACACAGAAUACCACUGUGCUGAGAAGUACCGCGGCGGCUGGUGGUACAACAGUUGUCACUCGGCUAACCUAAACGGUCUCAAUUUGAACGGCCCGCACGACAGCUACGCCGACGGCAUCGAGUGGAGCAUCCGGAAUGGCGUAGGUUCCCUGUACCACUACUCUUAUCCUAGUGUGACGAUGAUGAUACGACCAGUCAUACUGAACAAAAAUCACGAGAGUGGGUACCUUUAAGGACCUGAAGCUUUGCAAAACAAGAAUUGUAAAGGUGUUUUGGCAAGCUUUUGUCUAAAUACUUUGUGGACGCUUUAGGGGCACAUUUUCCAGCCAUCUGCACAUUCUAAACUGUAUCAGAAAAUGUUGUCGGAAAUCUAUCUCAACAUUGUCUAUGCCGCAUUAAAGUUCUUCCUCCGUAGUGUUUCUUUGAAAAUGUGACUUUGUUUGGGGGGCCCGUGUUGCACUCACCCAUGAGGUAUAAUUCAAGGUUAAAACGGAAUAUGUAAUAUACAACGCGACUGAACAGAAACGCUUCUAAGUGUCCCGACUCCUAUUGUCUCCGCUUUUGGAAUGCACCUUGUGCGACUUGACCUAUGCAUAGGGCGUUUAAUCUGCAUACAGUGGUAAUAUGCGUUGCCAUUAAGGUACUACCACCGCAUUUGUGUCGCUGUUAUGUUCUUAAGCAACGGUAACUUAACGCCUGAGAUUGGCCAUCCUCAGUGUUCAGGCGUUGAAACGGCGAAACUAGGGGCGCAAUUGGUGCUUCUGCUCUACGUACAGCACUUCUGGAGCUGCAUUAUUGCAGCCGCUUACACAGGGUCUUUGGCUGUAUUUGUUUACGCUGCAUUUCCCCUCCUGGUAAAACAGAACCGUGUUCCACUUAUCUUCGUAUGCCUAUACGUGGCCCUGAACAGGUCUGUCUUAUAAUUUCUCAACCUACCCGCAGCAAAGAACGUAGAUAGCUACGGCUUGGCAUUUCUUCGCAUAGAAAUCUUCCAAAGAAGCACACUUCUGAUAAUUAUCACGCUACGGAAUUUGUAGACUUACUAAAACGGAGGUACACCAGGGAAACAAUAGUUAAGGCAGUAUUGUGAGCUGGGUGUUUAUAUAAAAAUUCCACUGCAUUUAUAUCUUCUAAUGUGCCAAAUUCCUGUGUUUAUGCUCUUGUUCACAAGUAUACUUUAACAAUAUGUUAUUGCAUUGUUAUUCUUUAUGUAACGAUAUUAAGCGGGAACAUUUUAUACACGUGUGGACCGCUUUAAGGGCUGUAUCUGCGUAAAAAAGACAGUUGCAAGCCUCAUAGAAUACAUGUUUGACAGGAGUGGCCAUAUCCUUUGUAUGGUUUUUGCAAAUAAAGUUUAUUUGCUUCUA